GUUUCUUUCUAUUAAAUAUUAAUCCAUAGCGUGUGUAAAUUUGGACUGCUUUUUCUCUAUUUUUAUUUUUGAUGAUCCCUUCAAAAUUAAUUUUUUUCAUUUGUUUAUUUAAUUUUUUGUUUAAGACAGGUAUCCUCGUUCGGAGCUAACUCUCCUAGCGGUGGUUUUUUCCAUCCACAAAACUCGAACUUGAGACCUUGCUUAAGGAGAAUAAAAAAUGAACCACUUGAACCAACCACAUGUUCGUAUUUAUUUAUUUAAUUUAAUUAGAGUAAAAUAUUAUGUAUAUUUUUCUUUAAUAAAAUGAAAAAGGGAAAUACGCAGAACAUUCUUGGUCUUCUUCCUCUUUUGUUUCAAGCCCAAGAUUGGGUUUCUGAUGUUUGAAAUUUGAACUCUGAAUCUAGUCUUCACAGUGUUUCUGAUCGCUGUUUCUGAUCCUUGCGGCUACAUUUUUGAUCCAGUUCCACCUUGUUCCACGAUCAAGGUCAUCAUCAGCAUCAUCAUCAUCAUCAUCAAAUUGGGUAUGCGAAUUACUCAACUGUUGUUUUGUUUUCUACUACUACCCAUAUAAGCAAAAAGGGGUUUAUGUUUCUUCUUUAUCGGUUAUCAGAGUAGUUGGGUUGAAACAAACAAACAACAUUUGUGUCUGUUGCUGAAGCGAAUUGCAGAUUAGGAACAAGGGUGUUUUGUGUUUGUUUGAUGAAUUAUGUUCAGAAAGGUACUAAAUAAACUUCCUCGAAAGUCAUCGAAAGGUUCCGAGAAUCAUCGCGAACACGGUGGAACUGGAAGAAGCCAUGGCUCCAAGAACAGUGAAAUUGUGGUGCCAGGAAGCAGCAGCAGCAAACCUGGAAAUUCGUCUUCUGCGUUGAAUGCUGGACAGAAUCAUGGUAACAAAGCUCCAUUACCAAAUUGUGUGGAUGAGAAUUUCAAUUUCAAUUCCUAUGAAGCUUUGCCUGCAUUUAGGGAUGUUCCUAGUUCUGAGAAACCGAGCUUGUUUGUUAAGAAGCUCAAGAUGUGUAGUGUGGUGUUUGACUUCACUGACCCCGCCAAGCAUCUAAAAGAAAAGGAGAUUAAGCGACAGGCCUUGUCGGAUUUGUUAGAGUAUGUGUCUUCUGCUAAUGCUAAAUUCACAGAGAAUGUCAUGCAAGAUGUUGUGAAAAUGGUGUCUGCCAAUAUAUUCAGAACACUCAGUCCUCAGCCGCGUGAGAACAAGCUUGUUGAUGGUGUUGAUUUGGAGGAGGAGGAGCCUUCCAUGGAUCCUGCCUGGCCUCAUUUGCACCUCGUGUAUGAGAUUUUCCUCAGAUUUGUUGCGUCUCCGGAGCUCGAUGCAAAGUUGGCCAAGAGAUUCAUUGAUCAGUCCUUUGUUCGGAGGCUGCUGGAUUUGUUUGACUCUGAAGAUCCUAGAGAAAGGGAUUUCCUCAAAAUGACUCUACACCGCAUCUACGGCAAAUUCAUGGCGCAUCGCCCUUACAUCAGGAAAGCAAUCAAUAAUAUAUUUCUAAAUUUUGUUUUUGAGACUGAGAAGCAUAAUGGGAUUGCUGAAUUCUUGGAAAUUCUGGGGAGCAUCAUUAAUGGUUUUGCACUGCCAUUGAAAGAAGAGCAUAAACUGUUUCUUGUUCGAAUACUUAUCCCACUGCACAAACCCAAGUGCUUAGCAAUGUAUCAUCAGCAGUUAUCUUAUUGCAUUUCCCAAUUUGUGGAGAAAGACUGCAAGCUUGCAGAUACCAUUAUUAGGGGGUUAUUGAAGUACUGGCCAAUAACAAAUAGUAUAAAGGAAGUCAUGUUCCUGGGUGAGUUGGAAGAAGUCUUAGAAGCAACUCAACCACCAGAGUUUCAGCGUUGCAUGGUGCCGUUAUUUCGCCGUGUUGCCCGUUGUUUGAAUAGCCCCCAUUUCCAGGUGGCGGAAAGAGCUUUGUUCUUAUGGAAUAAUGAUCAUAUUGUGAACUUAAUCAAACAAAACCGCAAAGUGAUAUUGCCCAUAAUCUUCCCUGCAUUGGAGAGAAAUACUAGAAGUCAUUGGAACCAAGCGGUCCAUAGUUUGACUCUAAAUGUACGGAAGAUUUUCCAAGAUAUUGAUCCUGAUCUAUCUAGGGAGUGCUUGCAAAAGUUCGAGGAAGAUGAAUCAAAGAAAGAUGAAGUCAUAGAAGGGCGUGAAAACACUUGGAAACGCUUGGAGGAGUUUGCUGUAAAGAAAGCUGCAAGUAGCGAAGCAGUGCUUAUUGGUAAAAGCACCCACACGUAGCUAUGCAGGUUCAAAUUGUAGCAUGUAUUCUGCUCCAACAACUUUGAUUUUUAUAAAUGAAUUUCAUAGUAUUUUCUUUUGCAUGUGAUGGGUUUGCAAGAGGGGAAAUUUCUUGAACAAUUUGAAAGGCUAUGUGUAAGACCUGGAUUUUCAGAACAAGCUAGGUUCCGAUUCACGCGUAGAAUCAGUGUAAGCGUGACAGGAGUUUGAUAUUUGAGGAAGAUUAAUGAAGAAGAAAGUUCAGGAA